AUGAAGGGUGGAGGCAUCCGGGUUGACGAAAGUGUUUAUCUGAGUGUAAGGAACUGUGAAAAUGCGGGGUGCCAGAUCUGCCAGAAAGGGUCACAGAGUUGCGCCGUGGACAAAAUAUAUUUCGAAGGCACUGUUCUAGCAGAAAAUCACUUCUACGAGCACUUUGGUCGCAAGGAAGACCUUGUUCUAACGCUUCAUGCGAUUGAAGUCCUUUACCUCACUCUUGUGAAAGAUUGCCUCAUCUUCUUUGAUUCCAAACAGAUAUGCGUUCAAGCAUAUUUUGACCUUUUCUACAAGGAAUUCGGCAAUGAAGGAUUGGAGCAUUUCUUGGUUUAUUUUCAUUUUAUGCGGAGAGGAUGGAACGUUACGAUCGACAGUUCCUUCGGAGUAGACUUCCAACUCUAUCCCGGAAGUCCAGAAAACUAUCACUCCCUCUUUGGAGUUAAAAUCUUCCGAGAGGGUGAAGACACUUGGCUGGACUUAAUAUCAUCAGCUCGUGUCGCCGAAUCCAACAAGAAAAAUCUUAUCUACGCAAAGUUUAAUCUGGAAUUGAUGAGUGAGUUGUUUAGAAUGGACUACUCGUCGGAUUCUUCCUAUGGCGUUGACGACUUCAAAGACUACAUUCACACUCUCAUGUCGAGAAAAGGGACGAACGGGAAUCUCAGGUCGAAUUUGCGAUCUCAAAUCCUCAAAACUGCUCGUAGCGAUGGCUACGUCGGCGCCGAUCCCAUCCAGUCUGGCUUCACGGUCAACGAGCGUGUGGCCAUAGCUCUCAUCGCCCAAUUCAUGAGAAACAAGGGGAUGAACACAGCAGCGUCGGUUUUCCUGCCCGCUUGUGGGGCGAAACGUGAACGGGACAUCCUCUCGCCCGUCGAUUUGUCAGAACUGUUGAAUAUGGAAUCUAGCGACGAGUUUCUCAUCGAUCUCAUUCGAGAAGCAAGAAAGGCCGAAGAGAGACCAGCAAUGAAGUCGAUCAGGACUCAAACUGAUGGCACAACGGGACUGUCGAUCGCAGAUCGAAUGGGGAUGAUCGACGAAGCUUUUUCGAAGCCCAGGAGCCCACAAUUCGACAGCAACUACCUCGAAGAGAUCAAGAGCGCAAUACAGGAGCAAGUCGAAAGAGGAUACAAAAAGCAGCACACGGACGAAAUGGACUAUCACAGACAAAUGAUCCGGCAAGAAGAACGGCUAAAGUGCGAGCGAGAAAUCGUCAGAAUCAAAGAUGAAUGCGAUCAGAAAAUCUCACACAUUAGAAAAGAAACAUUCGAAAAAGAAAAACGUCUUGUAUCGGAUAUCCACUCGCGUAACGACGAGCUGGAAAGAGCAGGCUACGCGCAACGACAGCAAAUGCUCUCUGAACUUCAACGAAUUCAGGAAAAAGAUGCAGAACUCUCAAGACGCGAGCGUGCGAGUCUCCAAAAAGCAGCUGAGGUUGACGCGAAAGAAGACUCAAUCAAACAAAUCAUCAAAAUCCAAGUUGACAGUAUCAUAUCGCGAUAUGAAGCGGAAAAUGCAGCUGAAAAAGAGAAAACAAUAUUGGCGAGAACGAAAGCCGAGGGAAUCCUAAGACAAGUGACAGAUCAACAGACCUCUCUCAACGAAGACAAGGACACAAUUUCGCGCCUGCGAGGAGAGAAUACAAAGCUUGUAGCAGAGCUAAGUGCUGAACGCGCAGCCCAUUCAAGUGUCCAGCGAGAAUCUGGAGAGCUACAAGCUGCUAGAUCACAAAUAAAUGAAAUGCAAGAAGAGCUUGCAAAAUUGAGAGCACAGGAGAUCAAUAGUGGAACAUAUCAAGCCAUGGCUCAGGCUCGGGAAGUACCGUCGCUAAGGCAAACUAUUCACACUCUUUCGGCAAAAUGCUUGGAUCGAGAAAAGGAACUAGCGCGAUUGAAGUUCCAAUUGGAAACAAUUCAAUCAACUGGGGUUCUUCCAUCAAGCUCGCUACACGAUGUCGAUAGAUCAAAGAGUGAUGGAAAAGACGACUCAUUGAUAUCGAAAGCUCGUUCGCGCUGGGCUGAUCUUGAAGGGACCAAGAACGAGGCUCCAUCUAUCGCUGCAGAACGCCCGAAAGCAUAUCCACAAAGUAACGUGCAGUUUGCUGCUGAGGUGAUCUCUCCGCGGCCGCAGCAUGCUCCCAUGAGUUCCACCCCUCUGCCAUCUACUCAACUGCCACUUGAUGAUGAAAUCAUUGCGAUCAUUGCUGAAAAUAAAGGCUCCAUCGAGGAGGAGGCUCCAGAGCCCCUACAGACACCCCGUGACGGUCAUUCUACUUCAGAACUAGAAGAGAAAAUACCAUCUGCUUCGGUCUCCCAAGUUUCGCUCCGCAGCGGGUCAAAAAGCUUCAAACCCAGCCGUGCUUCCAGUCCCCGAUCUUCGCCUAUCUUUUACGAUCGACCGGUGGAGGAACGAAUGGAAGAGCUUAAACUCUCUGAGCUUGGGGAAAAUGAGAAUCAAGAGGAAGAAAUCAAUAACGAAGAUGAAGACGAUUACCUUGACGAAGUUGGCGAUUUCGAGGAUGUCCCAGCGCUUACUUCUCCAAAGUCGAAGUCAGAUACUCUUGAUCGAAUUUUAUGCGAGAGUUCGGAGGGUUUCCAAACGCUGCAGCAUGUGGAGGCCUCUCCUGUGACUGUCAGACAAAUGACUCCAGUGGAAGAAAAAGAGAGCUAUAGCCACAGCCAGAGUUCUCAAAUAAAACUGAGCACCCAAGAUUACACAUUCAGAUCCUCUCAAUCUGGCGCCGAUACAGAUACAACUCUGUCCGAGAUAAUCGGCGAAAUGAGCAACAAGUCUGUCUCCUUGACAUCGGAAUACGACUCGUCUGAGAACGACACUGGAAUUCGUAAUUACGCCGCUGACGAUCGAUGGAAACAAGACGAAGACAAUCCUCACCCAACUGCCGGCGGAGAAGCUACUCCAACGCCACGGGAAAGUCAAAACGACUUUUUCGCCGAUAACGCCGACGACAGUUGGUGA